AUGUGGGAAGAGGUGCUGACCAGUCUGGGAGCCGGCUCCCUCGGGAUGCUUGCCUUCGUGGCACUGUCCAGUCGACGGAGACUAAGCUGUGCCGUCGACAAGGACAUGGAAACGAAGGAUCUGCAAGCGGCUCGCGAAGACGAAAACAAUCCCAGGAGUGAUGAACAAAAAAAUCAAGCGAGCCAUGCGCAGGACAACGCCGACACCUCCGACCCGGCCACAGACCGGGCGACUACCUCCGCAACAGCAGCGUCGGAACGAGCGAAGAUCUUCACGUUCGACGUCAAGGAAGAUCACGAUGGGGAGCUCGUCGACGACGACGCUUUUGCGCCCUUGUGGGACAAACUGGCCCGCAUAAAGGCGGGCGCGGAGGAGGAGCUCUCCGAGGACGACAAAUACCUCAUCCGCGUGGAGCUCGCAAGGCGCGAGAGGAAAACGGGGCGGGUGGGGCUAGACUACCUGCAACAAAACAUGGAACACGGGGAAUACGCAGAAUUACAGGGGUAAGAAACUUCUAGGACGUGACCAUGUAGGUGGUUUGUACUUUGAUGUGUAAGGUAGAUCAUUAGGAUGACGAAUUCAACUUCACACCCAUUUCCGCAGGUCCAAGAAAAUGCAUCCGUUCCAAAGGAUGCACAUGCAGCAGAUGCUACUUAGACUUUGUUUCCAUUAGCUUGAGCAAAAGAUUCCACUGCAUCAUGAUCCGCAGGUUUAUUGACCCUUCGGCACCGCGCACCCCGUUGGACCGGAUUUUCCUGCUGGGCAUCCUGUUCAUGUGCUUUUGCGCCCUGGUCGCCCUCGGCGUGCUGCUGUUUUUUCUGUACAAGGCCUUGUACAAGAAGGACGAUCAGGUUAUCAACCGUUUCAUGCAGAACUGGAGUAGGUUUUCUUGGUCCGUCGUGCACUACCUGCGAGACGAGGUGCUUACAAACCCAAAUCUCGACCGGCUGGUGCAAGGGGCGCAAAGUAUUCUUGCACCCUCCACCAGUUCCCCCGGAACAGGCCAAUCCGUGAAAAACACAAACACUGAUUUGUAGCUCGAUGCAUCCCGUUACAGAAAAUUUUUGGUGCCAACUCACACACAAAGAAUUGUCCUCGCACUCGAGGAGGAAGGAAGAAAAGCAGCAAGCGAAAAAAUUGCACUUCCUUGUUAGGCAUGCUCGUGCCGCAAAAAAAAGUCAAAGGCAGUUCUUGACCCGCGGACCUCUUUGAAAGAUGCU